AGUUAACUGCGCACUCUCCCUGUAUAUAUUUGUUGAUGAGAUUUAGUGCGACUCUCGCUCAACAUCGCUGCACGUCAGUCACGCAAACAAUAAGGUGAUUUAACUCUACGUUUAAAAAAAACAAACAUGGGUACACACAAUCGUUUAUGUUAAGAGCAGUUAGUGUUAAUUGUGAUGCUGACUUUAAAUUCAGACUCCGACGGUGGCGUUGCUUAGAUGUAUGCUAAGCUACAUAACGUUACCCAGCCCAGAGGAAUUUCUGAUUACCUACGACAAAAGGAGUAGCUGGUUUUGCUCAGGUUGAAACCAACCUGUUUCCAAAGGUUUAGCGGUUCGGUCAUGUCUGUCAAGGCUUAAAUCUGUUGCAGUAACAGCAGCCAACUGACAGCCCCAGACCCAAAGUGUUCUGUGUAGCAUUCACUCCAGGCUCAGAGGACUAACAGAGUGCUCACCGACCAUGGCAACACAACACUGGACCGGUGUUACCGGCUGCUGCACUCCCAGUCCGGAGGACUUUCCAUCACCUCCCCAGGGUGUAGCCAGCCCCCCCAGCCUUGAGAACCUGUCCUGCGCUUCUCCAAGUGCGGGUCAAGUUGGAGAGCCGGAGCCCAUCUCCUAUGUUACCCUCCAGGAGCAGCGGUGUGUCCUGAGCUGGUUCCAGGGCUGGACCGCCACUCAGAGGGAGCGCUUCUUGCAGGACCUGCUUGGGAAAGCUGUGCCCGGGAAAGUGUGUACCCUUCUAGAUUCACUCAGUACUCUUCAGGUUAAAGACCGACUACCAAACAUCUUUGAAUGCCAGCUGCGCCUGUGGACCCAGUGGUUUGAGUCUUGGGGAGAAGAGGAAAGGAAUCAUUUCCUGCACAUGUUGGAGGAACGGGAUCCAGUGUUUGUUGCCCACUUUUACAGCAGUGUGGCCGGUACAGCAGGAAGAGACUGAGGAAUGUCUGCAUUGUGAUAGAAAAGCAAGCUAUAAUAACAAAAUGUGUUAGAGGUGACCUGGAUGGGCAUGUGUAUUAGAUCUGAGAUAGUUCUCUUUUCUUUUUUUUGGAGAAAUGUUAGUGUAACUGAUGGGACUUAAUGUUGAAGGUAAACCAUUUCAUAUUAAGAACAGAAAUGUUCAUUCAUCCUGCACUGGAUCAUUCAGGGGUGCAUCAAAUAUUAUACAAUUAUACAUAUUAUGCAUAUACAUAUUAUAUGAAACGGGUUAAAUAAACAGGCACGUCUGGGUGUAAGAAAAAUAAAUUAACAAGCUUUUUUCCUGUACCGGGCCUGUUAAUUAAAACACCUGGAAUGACAUGGACUAGAGGAUCAGUCCUUUUUUACACAUAAAAUACUAAAUGAAA